UCAGCCCACCGGAAGUGGGUAAUACGUGCAUCAAUCGUGCAGUAAAUCAUGUACACGUACUGAAGUGGCAGUCUGUGUCAUGAGGGCUGCAGUGGCGUUAUCGGGACGAUUCCAAAGUGUGACAUCGCUUUACGGCAGUCCAAACGCAGGAACCGGCGCUUCAACGACUACAAGGCGAAGAUCGGGGUCACUGACGAGCAGAAUGUCUGCACUUUUGAUUUUGGCGGCGGGGGCAGAGGAAAUGGAGACAGUUAUUCCCGUUGACGUGUUGCGACGGGCGCAAAUUUGUGUGACGGUUGCUGGGCUCUCUGGCACGGAGCCAAUAAAUUGUAGUCGCAACGUCGUCAUCGUGCCAGACAAAAGCUUGGAGGAGGCAGCCAAGCAGGGACUCUAUGAUGUUGUCAUCAUGCCUGGAGGCAAUGGAGGCUCCCAAAAUCUUGCUGGAUCAGACAAAGUUGGCGAAAUAUUAAAGGCUCAUGAAAGUGGAGGGAAAAUAGUUGCUGCGAUCUGUGCAGCUCCUAUUGCUCUACUUAGCCACGGCAUCGCCAAGGGCAAGACACUCACCUCGCAUCCGGCAGUCAAAGACAAGAUGGUGGCACAGGGGAUCUACAAGUAUUCUGAGAACCGCGUCGUCCAGGACGGUAACCUGAUUACCAGCCGCGGACCGGGUACCGCUUUUGAAUUUGCUCUGGCUCUGGUGGAGGCAUUGAAGGGCAAGGAGGUGGCCGACAGCCUCAUUCCCCCCAUGCUGCUCAAAGUUUAAGGUGAAGUGGCAAAAUGUGGGCUGAAGUGAUGGGACCUGCUAAGCAGGAGAAAGAAACCUGCGCUCAGCAAAUGUACGUUCUCAACCCAAAAAAAUGGCAGAGGACCAGUUAAUCACAAGUGCAACAUGUCAUACUUCAUCUGGUCAUCUGUAGUGUGAAGCAAACUUUGGUGCUUCUUAAAUAUUAAUUUAUAUUAAUAUUAAUGGAGCUUUGUAAACUUUGGCUUAGAAUUCCAUUUUAUUUCAUUAGGUCCACUUCUCAUGGCUCUGUUUUCCGUUUGUAAGCACAGAGUUUUCCCCAAGUACUGGAGAGAAAUUCGGUGCUGACAGUUAGCAGAUUUCAUGGUUAAGCAAGGAAUUUGGGCUUACAGGCAUGCGUUCGUGUGGUUAAGAUUAUGCGCUUACUAGUGGAGUGCAGAAUUCUGUGAAGAUAAAUACAGAAUUACCAGGUAAGUGAGCCCAAAAUUGGGUCUCAUGCCGAGACCCCGUCACAUUUGGUUCAGUCCUCACAGAACAGUGGUUGGUAUUCUAUUUUUGCUCAGCAAAGAUUUCUUGAAUUUAAAAUCUCUAGGCUUAGCAGCCCUUUUAUUUUUUCUCAUUUCAAAGUAAUAUUUAUCAAAUUAAAAUUAUUAUAUUUAACUCUAUGCAUAAUUCAGCCAGUAUCCUACUGUCUGUUGAUAAACAUCUUCUGGAUGUGAAAACAUUUUAACACAUUGUGAUGGGCUAAAAUGAAAAACAAAGAAAGUGGAAGGGAAACAUUGUGACCCCUUGUUAUCAGUUUACAACUGAAUGUGUACAAUACAUGCUAAAAACCAUCACAAAAAAUUUCUUUGAGUCUCUGAGUAAUUGUUGACACAUUCAUUUUGUACAUGAAGCUUUUGCUCUGUGACAGGAAUAUGUUUGGUCAGUGAUCAGUGAGAGCCAUCAGAAAUCGAUUUAACUUGAUAUAUUUGUUCUAAUCUCAGCUUUUAAAAUCCAUCAGAAACAUGGUGCUUUGGAUCUCCAUGUAUCCAGAAGAAAGAUAUCAUUUUAUAGAUUUUGUUUUGUUUCCCUUUUUUUUCCAAAAUAACUUAAAAUUGAACUUAAAAGUUUUCAAAUUUCUUAUUCGUUUUUGGAAGAUGGGAUGGAAAAAUAUGGAGUGGACUAUGUGAUACAAAUGAAAUGUGACAGCUUUGGUGAAAUAAUUCUGUCUUCAGUUGAAACCUGUGCAUCAGUCCUUUUGCUGUUAAAAGAUGUACGCAUCCUAUUUAAUGAACACUGUUUGCUGCCCUCUAUAAUCUCAAAAUUUCUUGGCAGCACAAGUGCAGUUGCAUCUGAGAAGUUUACCGUCUGAACAAAAUGUCACAACUGUCUUUAAAUAGCUCUUUCAAUGGCUCUAGAAUAAACAGCGCCCUCUGCUGUUGAUUGUUAGUGUCUUUCCCUGGCCAGUUCAUGUCAGAGUUUUGUACUUGAAAAUAAUGAAGAGUUUCUUGAUCAAUUUCUCGUGUUUGAAGACUGUUCUUGCAACUUAAUCUGUAUUGAUUCUCGUGAAGACUUAAGAUCCUGCCAAUGGGCAUUUGGCUUCUAAUUUCCAGUAUUUUUCCUCUGAAAGCAUGGCUCAGUACUAAUAAUUAAUUACAGUUGGAGUUUUAUCUACUAAAGAAACUUGUCCAAAGUUAAUGUAAACUAUCGUCUAAAAAGUGUCGGAAAUGAGUUUAAAUUGUUACAUGUGUCACAAUAUCAAUCCUGUACUGUAAGCUGCAGUUUUUCUUUCCAGUUUUAAUCACUCAAAGUAGACUGGAUUUUUCUCUUUAAAAUCAUGACAAAGUCUUUUCAUUGCUUCUCUGCUUCAUGGCUUUCUAUAUGUAUAUGUCAUUCUCUGUAUGUAACAAUUUGGCCGUUCCUUUCUAGAGGACUUGUACUGUGAUGUUUGUAAAGGAGCUUGCACUAAUGGAACUGUCCACUAGAAACUCCAAAAGAGGGUUUGCAUAGCUGCCAUCUUGCAGGCCAGUGCUUUUGUUCAACUGGGUAUGCACAAAUGAAGUUUCCUUGUGAACCAAAAGAACUGCCCUGCAAGAUGGCUACCACGCAAAGCCUCUAUUGCCCUCAUCGGGAAAGUCUAGAAAUACUGUGCAUUGCCAUUUAAAACUUUUAGCAGUAUUCAAAACAGUGUGUAUGUAAGGCUGUGUCAGAAUGUUAAGGCUGCGGCUGAAAGUAAUACAUGCACCUAUGGGAGCCACUGGCUAAUGGCUACAGCCACUUCCCAUUGACGCAUGUGUAACUCCAAGCCGCAGCAAGUUGACAGGGUACUUCAUCUGAUUGGAUAGAAAUUGUCAGUCCUGCCAUACAAACUUUUCCAGAGAUGUUCUUGAAGUGAAAGAUAAAAGUAUAGAGAGGAACUUGGAAUCAAGUCUGAGACUUUGGCCACUUUUACCACAUGUUUUUCUCUGAAAUGGAGAUUUCUUGUCUAUAAUCAGAGGCUCCAGGACUCAGAAUGCACCUCUAGUCCCAGCAGAUCUGGGGCAGGGAGCAACGGGGCCUCCCCCCAAUAAGGAGGCAAAAUGAAAAUGGUCAAAUUCAGUUCUCUUCCUUCUAAAAGCUCACCCACAUUGUAACCCCACACCUUAGAAAGUGAAGGGUUACUUGAAAACAUUUCAAUUGUUUGGCCAGUCCCUAAGUAGGCUAAAAAAAAAUAAGUCGGCCUCCCCCCCAAAAAUUGAGUUUUGGAUCUGCCCUUGACACAUUUCAGUACUUUUUGUUUAGAUUGGUAAAGGGCCUCGUCUACAGCAGUGUAUUAAUCAUGGAGAUUGAAGCAGAAAGACUGCUUGUUUGGGCCUAGACCACUCCGUGGUUUUGAAUCUGAAAUGUUCCUAGUAUUCUUUCUAAAUGUUCCCCAAACAAAAUAUUUCUAUGAUCGUAGAUUAGUCUACAUAAGAGACAAACAGUUCAAUGUUUUUGGAUUAUAACAAUAAAAAGAGACUGUUUGCAGGAAAGCAGUUGCCGAGUGUUCUAAA